AUGGCAGCGCCGGAACUCAAAUGGUCAGAGGAUGGACAAUACAGGCUGAUCGAAACUAACCCAGCUUACCGGUUGGUAGCCCCGGAGCCGAUGAAUUACCGGUACUUAGACUAUGGAGCGGCGGUACCACUCUCCUACAAAAUGUCACUUUCAACACCUAUGGUUAUGCUGAAGGAUAUUAAGCCUUUCGUCUACUCUUACAAACAGAUGAAAUUCUACAUCGCCUUCGUCCUCAUCGCCGCUGUAGCGGCAAAGCCAAUGGAACAAGAAUGGAAGGCGGAAUACGGCAAAAUUGGUACACGGGCAAUACUGCCGCUGGGCCUAUCCACCCCACUGGUCUACCCAGAGGUCCCUAAUUUAAUCAAGAGUGAGGUACCUGAAAUCAUCAAGAGCAAACCAAUCUAUCCUGAAAUUAUCAAAAACGGGGCGUUCGACUACCCUGAGCUUUCAGAAAUCAUGAAAGGCGAAACUUUGGUCUACCCGGACCGUCAUUUCAUGAAACUGGACCAUCCUUACGGUUUUCGAACGAUGAACCGUGUAUUCCUUCUGUUCCUGUUCGUGGUGGCAGUAUGCUACGCCGUACCCACCGAGGAGCACAACGUCGACAAACGGUCGUUGUUGUACCGCUACGCCAGCCCUUACUACAGAUACCCAUAUGGCUCAUAUUUCUACGAUACCAUGAACCGUGUAUUCCUUCUCUUCUUGUUCGCGUUGGCGGCUUGCUACGCCUUACCCACCGAGUCCAUCAAUAAGGUCUCUGUCGACCACCCAGUCGACAAGAGGUCCGUAUACUACUACAGAUACCCAUAUGACAGCGCCUACUACUAUGAUCCUGCUGUCAGUGGACUUUACUACCCCUACCGGUACUACUAUUGA